CGUACCAGUUACUAGGACUAGAGGAGCAGUAGUGUCCUUGCUCAAAUCACAUGGAUGGAAUGAUGAUGGAUUAAGGAAUCAUGGAAUCAUGGAUGAUGGAUUAUGGAAUCAUGAAAUCAUGGAUGAUGGAACCAGAACCAGAUUGAUUACCGCUGUUGAAUCUGAUCUGCCUACGUCUACGGAUACAAGAACAAAUGUUGUCCAUUGGACGAAGGAGGAGGUCAACCAUUGGCUACAUGAAAUGGACAGUCUUACAGACGAUGACAUUUCUGCCUUCUUGGGUAAUGAUGUUGAUGGUCCAACUUUGGUGGGGAUGACUGCAGAUAUGUUCAAGGAGCUCAUCCCGAACAUGAGGAGGAGAAUAAUUUUCAUUGAAAAAAGGAGAGUCUUACUAAAUGAGACAGACUCUGUUCCUCACGUUACUGGAAAUCCUGGCCCUUUGGCCAUACCAGCAGCUGUCCCUGCUGGCAAUCCAGCCGAAGUCAAUGGUCCAGCGUUGCAGCCUUGGCCAUUGGUAUUUCAAUUGCCCUCAUUACCACCAGUCAUUGAAAACAUUUAAAAGAGGAGGAUCCUAUAUUUUUACGCAAAGAGCAGUCGGGACUUAGGACAAAGUUGAUUAGUUAUCUCGUUGACCUUAUGAUGCGGUAUACUCUAUACCCCAGUUCCUGCCAAUACAGGCAAGGCGUUAAGAGUCUUGUUGGUCGACACCCAUUCCUUCGUGGUAUCAAUGGAAACGGAGAGGAUACUCUCAUAGCAAAUCUGUGCAACAAAUAUCGGAAGGACUGGCGGCCAUUGACUCAUUUAGAUGCUGUGCAGGCAGCAAAACGAAAGUUUGGGCGAGUUGGUGGGGGGGGGGGGGAGAAAACCCCACCAGCCAGAUGAAGACCUUGAGGUGACACCAAAGAAAGGACCUUGCCCAUCUGGUGAUGAAGCGACAGACACUUGUCUGAGCUCUGGGGACGCCCAGUCUCUUUUAGCGAUAGAAGCUAAUCGUCUGAAUCCUAACAUGGAGAAAGUUAUAGAUGUCAUCACAGAGCACAAGGAGUUUUUCACAUUAACAUUUUCUACGAAGACAACUGCCGAAAUAAUGAGAGGCUACCCCUGGAUUAAACAUCCAAGAUUUCUGACUGCAACCAUGAAUGUGAUCAAUGGCUUAACUAUUGAGCGCAAUACUUGCCGCAAUCUAACAAAAUAUUGGCGGCGAAUUCUGGAGGAGGGCAAAAAAAAGGACUCCAAUAGAGAGGUGCUAAACCAAUUGGAGGAGCAGCUUGAUAAGGAGACAUCCGCAGAGUCUCGGGCAUCAAUGAAGAUCAAUGCUGCAUUGAUGAUGCUGCCAUCAUUAUUUCAUGAAAGUAGGGAAAUUUCGAUGGUUCAGGAUAAGGAUCCAAAGAAGCCGCAUCCGGUGAUUGUGUUUGAGGGUGGUGUUUUCAAGCCAAUGAGGGCUUGCAUAAGAAUGGAUAGCUUGGAAGUCACAGAGGACUGUGAGGACCUAGAUAUCGUGAAAGGUCUACCAUGCCUCAUGGCACUGUAUUACCUUUUUGACAUUCAAUAUCCAAUGAAAUGCAGCACCCUCAAGUUUAUUCAGUUUUAUAUCUGUGAGAUACCAAGGAAAUCGAACGAAAAGGUGCCGACUUCAGUGAAGAGGGCUCAAAUGAUGCUUUCAUCACAAAUAACUUCAUUAGGAAAUCACGUAGGAGGGAGGUUCUUUAAAAUCUCUAUGGCACCAUUUAAACGCUGUCUUUCAGCUAAACUGGUGAGCUUAUGUCGUCUGGUCUUGUCCAUUGUCCGUCAACUAUGAUGGUAUGUUUGCUCGCCAUUGAGAAACUAUGACUUAUGCUCGGCCACAGCGGGGGCACUAUGUGAAAAAUGUACUUUUAGCUAUAUCACUCGCAUGAAUGCUGCUAACUACAUGUGUAAAACCCUGGGUAAUGAGUAUGACUACCUCACUGUGGAUACUAGUAGUCUUUGAUCUACUUUGAAGAUUACGGAACAUAACAUAAUACGUAUGUUAUUCCAGUCCAGUGGUGUACUUUGGCAAUUUUGCUCAUCAGCCAGAUACGCCUCGUUUUCUUACCUACUACUUUCAGCUAUAUAAUUUGACCUACUUUUCAAGGUCACAGAGGUCAAAAGGAAAAAAAUUAUUGUUUUUGGCUCACCGUAGGGGAGUCUAUACAAUACCGCAGUGUCCGUCGUCGUCAUCUGACGUCCGUCGUCGUCGCCUGUCGUCCGUUGUCGUAUCCUACAGUGGCACGUUUCUUAACCGCUGGGGCUAUGAACUUGAAACUUGGUACAUAUAACUUCCUACAUCAGAUAACCUUUGACGCCGAAUUUUGGCCUGAUCUAAUUCUCGACUUGGCCACUAGGGGGCCAAAACUGAAAAAGUGCAAUAUCUCGCUAAUGAGUGAAGUUUUUUCAAUAAAAUUUUUAUGGCAGGGACCCCCAGCAAGGAUGCAUCACUUGUUUUACGAUUUGGGGAUCUGACCUUCUUUUCAAGGUCAAAUGGCAAAAAUUGGCUGUUAGACUUUUCAGAGUGUUACUGUGACACCUUUCUUAAUGGCUGAAGCUAUGAACCUUAAGCUGGGUAAACAGGGCCCUCAAGGUCAGAUAAUCUCAUACACCAAAUUUCGGUCCAAUCUGAUUCUCGGCUUGGUACCAGACAAUGUGAUUACACAGGCUUAUGGGUGGGAUAACCGCCAAUCUGAUUAUGUUUCACACAAAUAUAGGCGAUAAUAGUUGGAGUUAAUAUUGAAUACUUUAGUGGAAGUUGUUAGUUGAUUUACUGAAUAUGAAUUUACUAAACCAGCCCUGGAAAUAAGUUACAGGGCCACGCAUUUGCAUCAACUUCCUUUUUAUCUCACCAGCACUGCCUGUUGCUGAACUACGUCAGCUAUAGUCCUCAUUUCACACAGCCACUUGUGCUUAAGGGUCACAUGCACCCAUGUGAAGUGAGAACUGUAGCUGAUGUAGUGCUAUGGUGGUACGGUGAGACAAUAAGGAAAUCAAUUCAAAUGCCUAGCCCAGAAAAUCCAUGCCGAUCCACCGUCGUAGUGCGUGUUGUAUAGAAGUAGAGUAACCUGAUCAUCAAGCGAGGAUGGCAAUACCAAUUCAGGGCCUUGUUCAAUUACAAUGUACUUUGUUUCGAGCAAUUCGAUUGGCCAUUCGUUUAUGAAUGUGCACCUGACCGCUUUCCCGUCCCUUGAUGUCGGCGGUGUAAUGAGAAGAAUUUAGGAUUGAUAUGAGUGGCCGGUUAGUCGGCAUGAGAAAAUCUUUCGAGGACUGUAUAUUCAAAGAACCUUCCUCCUAUGUUCUCAUCAUCUUCGCUCUUUACUAAAUAGUUGCUGUUUGCCUUCAGGCUUAUCAGCCAAAUAGGUAUCAAGUCCUAAUAAACUACUUUUAGCUAUGUACUUGUAAUUGUAUCGCCUUGGGCAUGUACAGGAAUUGAGGUGAAAUACUGAUGUUCAUGGAAUGUGUUCCAGUGUACAUAGUCUAUAUGAAUGAUUUUUGGUUAUCUAACUGUUUUGCCCAAGAAGGAAUAUGAGUGACACAAAUGAAGUCGGUUUCAAAUGAGUUAAUUGUCUGGCUAAUGGCAUGUCUGGUAUCGAUGGUGAAAUUAUAAUUCAAAUGAGCUGACUGUUGUUACAUUUAAUGACAAUGAAUGACAGGAAUGAAGUAAAUUUUAAUUGAAUUUGUCUAGCCUUUGGGCGGCAUGUCCAGGGCUUUGAGAUAAAAUUUAAAUAUUCAUGAAAUGUGUCCCUGUGUACAAAGUCUACGGUAAAUGUGUUGACAAUGAAUGAAUUUCAGUUGAAUUCGACUUUCCGCAAGUUUGGGAAUAGAGGCAAAAUUGUAAUAUCGUGCAAUGUGUUCUGUGUACAUAGACUAAGAUAAAUGUGUUGUUGUUUUUGUUAUCUCACUGUUUCGACCUCAAUGAAUUUCAAAUGAAUUUUUCUGGCCUUUUGGCAAAUAUAUGCAUUGAGCUAAAAUUGAAAUGUUCAUGCAAUGUGUUCCUGUGUACAUAGACUAAGAUAAAUGGCUUUUGGUUAUCUAACUGUUAAGAACUAAAAUGACAAUUAAUGAAUUUCAGUUGAAUUUGUCUUGCCUUUCGACAAGUCUCUGAAUUAAGGUAAAAUUGAAAUAUUCAUCUCAUGCAUUGUGUACCUGUGUAAAUAGUCUACGAUCAAUGCAAAUGGUAAUCUAAUUGUUUGGUCCUUAAAUGACCUGUCUGGCCUUUGGAUUGUCAGGGAUCAAGGUGAAAUUUAAAAAUGUGUUCAUAUGUACAUAGUCUAUUAAUUUUGGCGACCUUGCUGUUUUUGGCUCACCGUAGGGGAGUCUAUGCAAUACUGCAGUGUCCGUCGUCCGUCGUCGUCCGUCGUCGUCGUCGUCGUCGUCGUCGUCGUUGUCCGUCGUAUCCUAGUUCAAAAACAGUGGCACGUUUUUUAACCGCUAGGCCUAUGAACUUAAAACUUUGUACACAUGACCCCCUAGGUCAGAUGACCCGUGACACUAAAUUUCUGUCCGAUCUGAUUCUCUACUUGGCCACCAGGGGACCAAAUGUGGAUAUCUAAAAAGUGUGAUAUCUCGCUUAUUAGUGACUUGUUUUCGAUAAAACUUUUGUGGUAGGUACUCAUAGCAAGGAUACAUCAUAUAUCUUACGGGUUUUUAAUUUGAUCUACUUUUCAAGGUCGCAGAGGUCAAAUGGCGUGAAUUGGCCGUUUGAGUGUAACGAUGGCACGUUUCUCAACCACCAAAGCUAUGAGCUUGAAACUUGGUACAUAUAACCCCCUAUAUCAGAUGACCUCUGGUGCUGAGUUUCAGCCUGAUCUGAUUCUUGACUUUGCCACCAGGGGGCCAAAACAGAAAAAGUAAGAAGUGCAAUAGCCUGCUUAUUAGCAAAUUGUUUUUGAUGAAACUUUUAUGGCAGGGACCCCUAGCAAGGUUACCUCAGAUGUUGCAUGAUUUUUCGGAUUUGACCUACUUUUUAAGGUCGCAGAGGUCAAAUGGCGUAAAUUUGCCGUUUGAGUGUAACUAUGGCACGUUUCUCAACCGCAACAGUUAUGAACUUGAAACUUUGAACAAAUGACCCCCUAGGUCAGUUGACCUUUUACACUGAAUUUUGGUUCGGUCUGAUUAUUGACUUGGCCACCAGGGGGCCCAAACUCAAAACUCAAAAAGUGUGAUUUCUCGCUUAUUACUGAUUUGUUUUUGAUAAAAGUUUCAUGGUAGGUACUCCUAGCAAGGAUACAUCACAUAUCUUACGGGUUUUUGAUUUGACCCACCUUUCAAGUUCACAGAGGUCAAAGUUGAAAACUUUACCGUUCUUGGUACGUUUUGUCGUUGUUCAAUGUAAAGAGUUUUAAUUUUGUGUAAUGAUGCAUCUAAGAAGCCACUAUUUGUAUGCCAAGUUUCAGCCAGAUCGGAAUUCAAAUAUGGCCGAAAUUGCAUGUUUUGUGGGUUUUUCCUCGUAUUGUGGCAAUCCAAAGGUCGUGAGUUCAAACCCCGGUCAAGAACAGCCAAAAAUAUUUUUAUUUUUCAUCUUUUCCUUUUUUCUUUUCUGAGUUCUAUCUUACAUUUUCUUCAUUUUUUGAUUUAUUUGGUGCCAUAGAUUUAAUUAGGCGGCCAUCUUGGAAAUCGUUUUUUUCCGAUUGCUGUAGUGUAACGAGUGAUGAAAUUGUUAUGGUCGGGUGGAUGUGUCUACAUCACAUAUCACCCUGGUUUGUUAUUUGACCUACCUGUCAGGGUCACUGAGGUCAAAGUUAAAAAUAUAUUCACCAUUGUCAUGGAGUGGCACGUUUCUUCACUAUCAUUUUCACCUAGACUCUACAAGCUUGGAACCACAAGUCUCGGAUUCACCACUUGGCCAGGGCCGGCUCUGAACUGGUCACAGAUGCAUGUAUAAAUUAUGAGAGGCCUACAUACUGUAGCACUUUCUGUAACUGUCUACUAAAAAUACUUACGGUGCUACUAACCCAUCUUCCAGGAUAUAUACUUGGCACUCAAGGCGGAAGCACAGUCGUAUAGAUUACUUUCUAGUUCCUCUGAUCUGACAGAUGUUAUUAAGCAUUGUGAAAUUAAGGCUGGUUAUAGAAGUGACCAUAGUGUUAUGGAACUAGGGCUGUUUCUGCCCAAUGAUGAAAAGGGCCGUGGUCUAUGGAAAUUUAAUAACUCCCUUCUGAGGGAUAAACAAUUUGUUCGGGAAGUAAAACAAUGUAUAAGUGACACUAUUGCGCAAUACUCAGCUGUACCCUACCCGUCGGACAUUCCGUUAUCUGAGCUCCCCUUAAAAAUUGAGGAUUCACUUUUCUUUGAAACGUUGAAGCUCCAAAUUCGAGGCAAAACUAUUGCAUACUCAUCAGCGAAAAAGAAGGAACUGGACAAGAAAGAAAACGAUAUCAAUAAGACAAUUGAUCAAUGUUUUGCUUAUCUUUCGGAUAAUCCUGACGAAAUCAAUUAUCAGUGCCUUCAGGAUGUUCAAAAUGACUUAAAACUACUCAGAGAACCGAUGGUGGAAGGCACUAUGUUGCGCGCAAAGGCAAGAUGGAAUCUACAUGGCGAACGGAAUUCAAAAUAUUUCUGUAAUCUAGAAAAACGACAUUAUCGGAAAAAAACAAUGAAUCUUCUCAUUGACUGUCACCAGUUUUUUUUGGUUGAAAGACAGUGACUGUUUCUGCCCAAUGAUGAAAAGGGCCGUGGUCUAUCGAAAUUUAAUAACUCCCUUCUGAGGGAUAAACAAUUUGUUCGGGAAGUAAAACAAUGUAUAAGUGACACUAUUGCGCAAUACUCAGCUGUACCCUACCCGUCGGACAUUCCGUUAUCUGAGCUCCCCUUAAAAAUUGAGGAUUCACUUUUCUUUGAAACGUUGAAGCUCCAAAUUCGAGGCAAAACUAUUGCAUACUCAUCAGCGAAAAAGAAGGAACUGGACAAGAAAGAAAACGAUAUCAAUAAGACAAUUGAUCAAUGUUUUGCUCAUCUUUCGGAUAAUCCUGACGAAAUCAAUUAUCAGUGCCUUCAGGAUGUUCAAAAUGACUUAAAACUACUCAGAGAACCGAUGGUGGAAGGCACUAUGUUGCGCGCAAAGGCAAGAUGGAAUCUACAUGGCGAACGGAAUUCAAAAUAUUUCUGUAAUCUAGAAAAACGACAUUAUCGGAAAAAAACAAUGAAUCUUCUCAUUGACUCGAAUGGUGCGGAAAUAGUUGGUAAUGAAAACAUUUUACUCGAGCAACGGAACUUUUAUGCUGACCUAUAUAGGGCCCGUUCUGUAACUUCGAAACCAGAGUAUGAUAGUAUAUUCUUUCCAAAGGAGAGCGACUUUUUAAUCAAACUGAACAAUGACGAAAAGGAACAAUGUGAAGGUGAUGUAACUAGUGCGGAAUGUUUAGAGGUGUUGAAAAAUAUGAAAAACGGAAAAAGUCCAGGAUCAUCCGGUUUUACAGUUGAGUUUUAUAAAUUUUUUUGGACGGACAUUAACCCAUUUUUAGUCAGAUCUUUUGAUGCGGCAUUAGACAACAAUUCACUCUCCAACUCACACAACGACAAGGUGUGAUAACUUGCAUUCCCAAACCAGGGAAAUCUAAAGAUUACCUAAAGAACUGGCGCCCUAUCUCGCUUCUGAAUGUGGACUACAAACUUUUAUCUGGAGUCAUGGCGAAUAGAAUGAAACUUGAUUUAGACAAAUUAAUAUCUCCGCAUCAAAAAGGCUUUAUGAAAGGUCGAUAUAUUGGUGAAUGUACAAGACUCAUGUAUGAUAUAAUUCAGGAACUAGACAAGCGAAACGCGGCAGGUUUAAUUCUUUUGCUCGAUUUUCAAAAGGCCUUUGAUACUCUAAGUCAUUCUUUCCUUGACAAAGUCCUCGAUUAUUUUAACUUUGGUGAUACCUUUAAAAAGUGGAUAACAAUAUUAUAUACUAACAGUGAGAGUCGGAUAAUUCAAAACGGAUUUCUGUCAGCCAGUUUCCCAGUACAAAGAGGGGUGCGACAAGGGGACCCCUUGUCCCCUUACCUAUUCAUUUUGGCAACACAGUUGCUGACAGCUGCCCUCGUCGAACACCCGGAUGUUAAAGGUAUCAAUAUUGACAGUUCUGAAUUUCUCAUCAGUCAAUAUGCGGAUGACACCGAUUUAUUCCUUGAAAACGAUCAGGAGACUUUCUGCACUGUCCUCCAUAUUUUAGAGGCAUUUGCAGACUGCUCAGGUCUGCAUCUUAAUUAUGAUAAAACAGUUGUGGUUCGAAUAGGAUUGAAUGAUGAUGUUAUCUACCCUCCGGAUUUGCCUCUUCAAUGGCAAACACGUGGCUCAUUUAGAAGCUUGGGGAUCAAAUUCGACCUGGAUAGCAAUGAUUACACGGAAACGAAUUAUCGCACAAAGCUAAAGACUUCCAGGCUACCUUAAAUGCCUGGACGGCUAGGAACUUGACAGUAUUUGGUCGCAUCGUCAUUGCCAAAUCCCUUGCUUUGUCUAAACUGGUACACCUUUUCAUGGCUCUACCUAACCCACCAAGACAUAUUCUUGACGCUCUCCAAAAGCGAAUUUUUGAAUUCAUCUGGGCAAACAAGAGAGACAAAAUCAAACGUACAACAAUGUUUAAUUGCUAUGAAAAUGGUGGUUUCAAUGUUCCAAAUGUUACUCUCUUUUGUCAAUCACUUAAAUUGUCUUGGAUCAAACGGCUGAUUAAGCUUGACAAGGUUACCCCCUGGAAUACUUUACUGGUGUCCACUCUCGAGGAUUAUGGUGGACACUUUAUCUGGUAUAGUAAUGAUAACAAUUCCUCGUUUUUAUCCAAACUUAACCCCUUCUGGAAGGAUGUUUUCGGUGCUUGGGUGUCUCUGGUCAGUAGUGAAAUAGAUCGCAACUCAAAUAUUGAGGACAUUUUAAAGCAGCCAUUAUUUCAUAACAAAUAUAUCAAAAUCAAUGGGAGGAGUAUAUUUUACAAAGGCUGGCACGAAAGUGGUGUACAAUUUAUUAAUCAAAUUAUAGAUGACGAUGGUAACUUUCUCACUUGGGAAAAGCUCUCACCUGAAUUUACGGGUAAUGUACACUUUCUGCAGCACAAGGCUCUGGUUGAUGACAUACCAAAGAAUUGGAAAAAGCGUAUAAAGGAAGGCGGAUGUAAACUGGUCGAAUUUAUGCCGGUAAAUAUUGCUGCUAUCAAAAACUGUGCUAAACCAACCCAAAUAUAUUAUAAAAGGGUGAUCAAAAUGUAUGCAACAUGUCCGGAUAAAUCACAACGCAAAUGGGAAAACUUAUUUGGAGAGGACAUUGAUUGGUCAUCAAUCUAUUCAAUUCCAUUCAUUUGUACGAGGGAGACCAAAUUGCGAUUUUUCCAGUUAAAAAUACUGCAUCGUAUUUUGCCCACCAAUGUCCUCUUGCAUAAAUAUGGCAUUAGCGAAUCCAGAAUGUGCAGCUUCUGUGGCUUUUACACGGAAACUUUGGAACAUGUCUUUUUUGAGUGUACCCACGCAAAGUCAGUAUGGUUGCGAUUGUCAGAGUGGCUCUCGGAUCAUGGCGAACAAUUUCUACCAAAUCUCCGAGAAGUAAUUCUGGGAGAUCCUCGUUCAUCGGAACUGGUCCAGCAUAUCAAUUUAAUUGCAAAACAAUUCUUGUAUCACUGUAAACUCAGACAAUCGCAACCAUUCUUCAGAAACUUAUUAUCAAUGAUACGGUUCACGUCGAGAAUAGAAAAGAUCUAUCUCAAACACGAUAAGUUCAUGAUGAAAUGGGGCCUUCUCAUAGAUGCCCUGGAAAAUAUAGCAUAACAUACACUGUACAUUUCGUCGAGUAAUUGCACGCUGACCCACUUUUGCCUUGUUAUCUGUAGCCGCAAAAGGAAUUUACUAUACCCUGAACCGUUUUGAACAACAAGGUCGCCAUCUAUCGUUUUAUAUUGUAACAAUAUUAUGUACUUGCAUGCCCUCUUAUUCUGUAGAACUUUAUGUAACAGUUGUGUUUUUGGUGAAUAAAAUUAUCAAUUACAAAAAAAAUACUUACGGUGAGCACAAUGGCCCCUGGCCGUUUCAUUACCUCAAAUGUCAAUGAAUGAACUGAAUUUCAACUGAAUUUAUCUGGGAUGCAAUGUAUUCCAUAGUCUCUUAUGAAUAAUUUUAUGCACUGUGAACAUAAAUGACAAGAAAUGAGGUUAAUUCGAUUGAAAAAAUUGUCUGGCCUUGAACAGUUAAGGUCAAGUUCAGAUAUUAAUGUAACUUGUUAUCUACAAUUAAAUGAUUAUUGGCGAAAUUACUGCUGUAGCAUAAGAAAUUAUUCAGAUCUCAAAUUGUUGUGUUAUAAGUUAAGUUAUACAUGUUAUAGUUAUGGUAUUUGAAUACCAAUAAACUUUUAUGAAUGGA